UUAUUCUCAACCCCUAACCUGACUGACUGACCACUAUUGAUGAUGGUGUUUUGGAUCCUGCACUUUAAUACCCAUUAAUGCUCUCUCUUAUUCUCACCCCUCUUUGCCCCUAUACCCUCCCCACGUGGUCAUCUCUCUCAAGGGCAUUUUCGUCUUUCAACCCACCCUCCGAUUUAUUAUCCCGCUGCUCCUCUUCCAUUCCAACUUUCCCCAACCCACAAAUAUUACAUAGAGAGAUUCUUCAUUAAGACAUAUAUAGAUACAGAUUCUAUAUAUAUACAAGUCGCCGGAAGGAGAUGGCGGCAGGGUGGGUAAAGUCAUUACAAUGCAAAGCAAGAGCUGCAGACGACGUCGUUGAGAGCCAUCUUAUUCCAGCCUCCGUGAGUUGUAGAAAGAGUUUUCAGAGUCUCAAAGAUGUUGUUGACACCAAAAAACAUAGGCCCAAAAAGCCCAAAACACCCGUUUCAAGAAAACCCGAUAAUAAUACUACCACCACUCAUGCAUCAUCCAAUCUCCGGCGACACUCACGUCCACCGGAGUCUUGUUUUCCGGCGUUGACUGACCUGCCGGAGGGUCACCCGUCACGUAAUGUGGUUGAGAUUAUAUUCCACACAAGUUGGUCUCCUAAAGUGUUUUCGGGUCGGGUUGAGAUGGUUUUUAAAGUCCAGAAUUUGGCCCGAACCGUAACUCGGUUUGAGGAGUAUAGAGAGUCGGUGAAGUCCGGGUCGGGUUCCGGAUCCGGGUCGGAUCGGGAUGGGGUCAAUGAAGACCAUGAAAGGUGUGUUGUGGAUGGAAAUGAAGUGAUGAGGUUUCAAUGCCUGGGGCCCACCGGCGGCGGCGCGUAUGAGAGCGGUGGAGGCGGCGCGUGGGCGUUUCAGUGGGGGAAGGGGGCGGCGUUAUGUACGUUUACCGGCAGUGGGGUGGCGCAUGAGAGUGGUGGUGGUGGUAGAGGGCGGAAGGCUAUGCUUGUUUGUCGGGUGAUUGCGGGUCGGGUCAGGAAGCAGCAUGAGUUUGUCUCGGGUUAUGGUGCACGAGUUGGGUUUGACUCAGUGAGUGGAGAAAAUGGCGAGUUGUUUGUAUUUGAUUCUCGUGCUGUGUUGCCUUGUUUUCUUAUUAUCUAUAGAUUGUAAAAAUUGGUUUUUCUAUUAAACUUUAGUACAUUUAACAUCUA